CGACAUUCGUAUUUCGUACAGUUUCGUCCCGCUCUUUUAAUCUAACUAACCUAUAGAAGUAAUCCUAUAAGGUAAACGAAGCAAGCAAAAGAAAGUGUUAAAAAUGGUUCUGUGUAACGUGGAAUGUGUCGAAAGAAUUUCCAAGUAUUUAGACGUUUCCCCAUUGCUGUUAGAAAUGCAAGAUAAUGUGAUCGUUAGUACGAAUCAGGAUUCGAAUAAGAAAUUAGAAGGGUUUAGCACGGUAAUUCAAUAUUUAACCAGAACUUCCAAGUAUCCCGAUUUACUUGGUAGCGAUAAUGAGAUUCAAUCAUUGUCGCGUCAAUGGUUGGAAUAUGCAGUCGUCUGUGUCAAUUACGCCGAUGCUCCCGCUAACGCGAGAAGAGUUUUACAGGAAUUGAACGUUGCUCUGAGAGACAACACGUAUUUAACUGGUACGACUAAAACCAUCGUUGACGUCGUGUUGUAUUACGCUUUAUAUUCGAUAAUGCGGGAAUUAACUCACCAAGAAAAAGCACUGUAUGUACAUGUGUCGAGGUGGUUUGAUAACAUGCAACAAGAGGAGAAAUUAAGACAACAGCUGGAUCUCAUUUCGUUCGAUCUCUUACAUCUAUUUUUAUGAAUAAAAAAACGAAGAUUCCAAAUUCCAAAGUGAUUCGAUUCGUCGUUUAGAAUGUAUGCCAUGAAACAAUAAAUGCUCGUUUGAAAUGUGAA